CCAGCUGCCACGCCCAAUUGUCCAAUCAGCCUAUCAGCAGGUCCAGCCGAGCUGUUUGUAGAAAAAUGAAUAAAGCUGCCUGUCCCUGUAGCAAUAAAGAAAAAACUCCGUACAACUCUCCAUAUGGUGCAGAUGCAGCCGGUGGAUAUCGAAAACAAACAUGUGGCAGUAACUUCGGUCAAGGGACUGGACCACCGCAAGGGCAGAGUACAGGCUACAGUUAUGCACCAGCUCCAGGCAAAUGUGCCUCUCCUUAUAGUCCCACUGGUCAUGAUCAGGGAGCCGCACCACAACGUCGUCCGCCUUGUGGGCCUGAACCAUGUGGCCGUCAAACAUGUCCUAAAUCGGCAAACUCGGCAAAAUCUGCAAACCCCAUUCCCAUUUCCAGUAACCCAAAGGAUGCGAGGCCACCUAACAAGGAUACGAGGCCACCUAACAGUCGGAAUGACGGAGAUGGGCCCAAAGGAUUCGAAAUGAAUAAUGCAACAUGGUCACUGUGCUGGGCCGUCGCGCUCUUCUGUUGUGGUGUCUUUCUGACAAAGAAGAUGGCCAUUGUGGCCAGUGAGUUGGGCUAGAACUAUCUAAAUGUUUUUUUUUUUUUGUUGUGUCCUGUUUUUUUAUCUGUUGGUUUUUUUUUUUUAUUGUUAAAGGGAUUGCACAGACACAAACGUACCCAAUAAUACCCAAACCAUUUAUGUGUGGAGUAAAUUUUGUGGAAACAAUAUAAUAAAAAUUUCAAAUGUUGUAGAAUUCUUA